GCAGAUUCAUCAUGUGGAUGCUCGCAGCCCUCCUGCUUCUGGUUCCAAGCAGUGGGAAAGCUGCUACUCUGGAGAAGCCUGUACUGACUCUACACCCACCUUGGACCACCAUCUUUAAGGGGGAGCGAGUAACCCUGAGAUGUGAUGGUUACCACCCUCUGCUGCUGGAGCUCCGGCCCAUUAGCACUCUCUGGUACCUGGGCCACGUCCUCCUGCCUUCCCACAAGAAGAGCAUCGAGGUGCAGGCACCAGGGGUGUAUCGAUGUCAGACACGAGGAGCACCUGUCAGUGAUCCCAUCCACCUCUCUGUGUCUAACGACUGGCUAAUUCUGCAAGUGCCUUAUGCCGCGGUGUUCGAGGGAGAGCCCCUGGUGAUGCGCUGCCGUGGCUGGUACGACAAAGUCGUCUACAAGCUUCAUUACUACCAUGACGGCCAGGCUGUGAGAUACUUCCACUCUAGCACCAACUACACGGUGCUGCAAGCGCGAGCCAGCGACAGCGGUCACUACCAGUGCUCGGGCACCAUGCGUAUCCCAGUGGAGAGUGCGCCCAUGUUCUCCUCCAAGGUGGCCGUGACUGUGCAAGAGCUGUUCCAGACGCCGGUGCUGAGGACGCUGAGCCCGCAGGAGGCGCGCGGCCGCGUGGUGCUGCGCUGCGAGACGCGCCUGCACCCGCAGAAGCGGGACACACCGCUGCAGUUCGCCUUCUACAAGUACAGCCGGCCGGUGCGCCGCUUCGACUGGGGCGCCGAGUACACGGUCCCCGAAUCCGAGGUCGAGGAGCUCGAAUCCUACUGGUGUGAGGCGGCCACCACCAGCCGGAGUGUCCGGAAACGCAGCCCGUGGCUGCAGCUCCCCGGGCGGGGCUCUGUUCUGGAUCUGGCAUCCACCACCGCGCCAGUCCCACAGGCUGCAGCCUUGGCGCCCGGGGACAAGCCGCUUUCCUUCCGGAAGACCCCAGUGUCCAGAUCCGUCCAGUCAGUCACUUCCGUCCCGAACAGCACCUUUGCAGGGCUGCAGUUCCCCGCGGGCCAGGUCGCCACCGCCGGGCCACACGCUUGCGCGCCUCUGCCCACGUCCGCGGAGCAGUCGCGCGAAGCUCUGCAGCCCAAGGUGGACCUCCUGCUUCGCGAGAUGCAGCUGCUCAAAGGCCUUCUGAGCCGCGUGGUCCUGGAAUUAAAGGACCCACAGACCCUCCGCGAGCUUACCCCCGAGACACCUAAUUCUCACGUUACUGUGAACCCCGCAACCCCAGAGACCACUAUCAUGGAGGGCCGAGUGGACAACUAGGCUAGUGUCUUCUCUCCCCGAUCUCUAGCUUGUGUGCAAAUUGGAGCCACAGCUGUUACUGUCCCCUCCUGUUGCUGUGUUUUUGGUUGGUUUGUUGGUUUUUAAAGUCCAGUGGUGCUGUGGGUUUCCACUUUACUAGACAGC